CGAAUGUUAUAUCAACCACCUGCGAUUAAAAAUGUUCAGCUUUUACCAGACUCUCAGCAGAAGUCUAGAGAGAACUACAUGUCAAUACUGUGGAGUGAUGGAGCAUUCGUGAGCCAGGACAGAGUGGUGGCAGAUCAGUUUUGGCUUUGCGGAAAUAACAUUCUUCGUCCCAUACUUGCUAAAAUGUGGAGAGGACGAUGCGCAAAAGUCCAAGUGGUUACGGAAAUUGCAAUACUACCAUCAAUAAAAGAUGUUGUCGAUAACUUAGAAACAGAUAACCUAAAUAGGCGGAAGAGAGCAUACGAGGCAGACGAGAACAUACAAAUUGAUAAAAUAGGACAACCCAGGGGAAUACCCGAUAAAUUUAAGGCACGAAGUGAAGUAGCAGCAGGAUUUGAGGCACUACUGCCAGCAAUCGGAGUUGCUAAAAAUGCGGAAUGGAUCAAUUAUAUAUUUUACAACCAACAGAGGUUCAUUAACUACACAGAUGAUGCAUUAUCUGCAUUGGGCGAACAGCUGACAGCCACAAGCGCUGUGGCUUGGCAGAACAGACAGGCUUUAGAUUGGCUUUUAGCAGAAAGGGGGGGAGUUUGUGAUCUUAUAGGUGAAAUGUGUUGUACCUUCAUUCCAAAUAAUACUGCCCCAGAUGGAUCAUUUACACUUGCAAUGAACAAUUUAAAACGUUUAAGAAAAGAGUUAAAGGAAAACGCAGGCCAUGAUCAGGGAAUGUUUGGAUGGCUUGAAACAAGGUUUGGCAUGUGGGGAAUGAUGUUCGCAAAGAUAGGUGUAGUGCUCCUAAUAGUACUAACAGCAAUGGGUCUGAUCUUCUGCUGCUGCAUUCCCAUAGUCAGAUCCGUAAUAGCAUCCAGGCUUUCUAAGGAGAUGGCCCUCAUGGUGUCUGGCAUAGAGGAGUCGGGGGAGUGGGAGAGGAUGCUCUAUGGGGAGAUAGAUUGGAGUGACACUAGAAAGGAGACCGGAAUGUGAGAAUCGGACAUCAGAAGGAGGUCCUAUUCUCUUAACUGGUGACCACAACCAUUUCAGACAGUGUAAACAAAUGGACAUUGGACUAAUGGGUUCCAGGGCAUGGUGGCUGCGAACAGCAGCAACUACGAUGCCCAAACCCCCAACGUUAUAUAGUAUACCGGUACAUGACGAUAAUCAGAGCUAUCCAAAUCUAUGCAAGCUUG